AUCAUUUCGAUAAAUUGUAAUUUAAAAAAAUUAUAACACAUCUAUGCAGUGACUUAAUCUUAAUUUUUUGAAAACGAACUGAAAUUGUUUAGAUUAAUUUUCAGGGAGCUAUGCUAUUUUAAAGAACGUUAAAGUAUUUUUAUUAUUCACUGAGUACAAACUUUAUUUAUUAAUUCCUUAUUUUGAUAGGGGUAGUUUAUUUGGUUAGUGCGACGUUCGUGUCAUGACAGCGUCAAAAACUGCUGGAGAUGUUAGAAUAAUGUCGGUUACAAGGAAGAAAUGCAUUUGUAAUCAAGGAUUGCUAUAUGUAUUUUUUUUAUCAUCAGUGUUCAUUACAAUUUUUGGAUUUUAAGGUUUUAGUCCCUUGUUUUAUGUGUAUUAUUUGAUCUUUCGUCUAUAAUAGUAUUAUACUUUAAAACCGAAUUUUGACAAGUUAUAUUUGAAUCAAUUUGUUUGUAUUUAUUGUGAAAAUAUAACCGUUUAUAUUCAAAUAAAUACACAAUUCUUCUCAUGUAAAUACACUAAAGAUACUUUUGGAAGAUUUCUACAUUGUGUCACUACAAAUAUAUUACUAAAAAGUAAAUAAAUCUUUUACAAUACUAAAGGUAUAAAUAAUGGAGGAUACAAAUACAAUUAAACAACAAACUAGUUGUUAUACAAAAAAUAAAGAACUUUUAUCACGUUCAUAUGCGUCAAAAGAAGAAUUUGUAAGAGAAUUUAAAAAGCAAAACUAUGAAAAAGUUAAAGCUAAAGAACUCUUUCUUCUGGUUUUCAGUGAACUUGAAAAAGCAGUAUCGGAAGGUAAUAUUAAUAAUUUAAAAAAAUUAAGCAUAUUGAUAGAAUACACGAGUGAGAUAGAAGAUGGAGAAACUUUGAAAGAUUAUUACAGUGAUGCUAGUAAUCCUAUAAAAAACACUAACUUAGUUAUUUUAGCUUGUAAGCAAAAUAAACAAGAGGUACUAAAAUAUCUGUUUGAUAAUGAUACUAAAAUUCUAAAUAAUUUAUCCAUGGAUAUUGAAACAAAUACUCUGCUACCAAGUAAUAAAGAUGAAACAUGCCAUAAUGCAUUUUACUAUGCUGUACGUUCGAAUAAUGUUGAACUUCUUGAUAUACUAAUUAACAAAUGGCCAAGUAAUUACUUCAGUUUUCAUUUGGAUGAACUGGAUGAAAUCCUUUCAAGAGCUUAUGAAGAAUUAAAGCUGAAGAAUGUACUAUUAUCAGAUGAAAUGGAAAUUUUUGUUGAAAAUAAGUUAAUAAACCUCCGUUUUUUUUCUGAUACUUCUAAACAGUGUAAAAGUUGUAGAUAUGAUUUUAAUACAAUUAAAGAGCGAAUUGAAUUAAUACUUGAAAACAUUGAUUUGUUAAAAACAGAGUACUCAAAUACAGAAACUGUAGAUGAAAAGUUUUUAUUUGUAACAAAAUUUAUUGCACAAAAUAUUCAUGUAUUGAAACAACAAUUGAAAUCAACAUAUGAUAGAAUACCUUGGGAAGAAAUAGAAUUUUAUUUGGUCAGUUUUAUUUCUUCUCACACUAAACGUGAAGAAAUUAAUCUAUUUUAUUAUGUUAUACUGAAUAAGAGAAAAAUACUAAAUCAAUUAGAAAAUUUCGGAAAGAAACUUCAAGAAGAAAAAAUGAAAAUAGGAACAAUGAAUAUUAGUAAAAUAUCUAGUCUCCCAAAAUUAAGACGGGAUACAGUUGUUGAAGGCAUUAUUAAUAAGUAUCCUGAAUUUGAAGAAUUAUAUAAUGAUUAUCAACAAAUUAGGGAUAUCUAUUCUUUAGAGCAAAUAGAUAAUUAUAUAAAGUUGGCAUUAUCAACUGAUCCUGCAGAAAGAGAAGGGCAAUUAAUUAUCAUAAGAGCAUUACAAGUUAUUGGUGAAUAUUUAAAAAAUACUCUGGAAUCUCCUAAAUUAUCUAAUACUACAAGUGAACUUUUUCUGCUAUCUUUACCAAAGAAUACAAGAGAAAUUAUUAUAGAUUUACGAAAUUCAUUGUCGCAUACUUACUCACUCUCUAAAAGAAUAGAGAUUGAAGUAGAGGCAGAUGUUAAUUUUUUUAUUGGUGUUCAAAAUGACAUGAAAAAAGUUCAUGAUGUAGUUACUAAUAUUCUUUAUGGCAACAAAAUAAAAAUGAUUAGAAUUCUCCUAACAAAAAUAGUGAGUAGCAAAAAUGCGGAUGAAAUAAAAAUUGUUCUAACGGAUUUCAGUAAUAUCGAAUUUAAUGAAACGAUCCCAGAAAGUUUUAAAGUGAAAGAAUACAUGAAACUUCAAAAAUUUACUGAAGAAUUAAGUGAUGCUAUAACUGACAAGACAGAUUAUGAAAAAGAACUAUUUGAAAAAGUUAAUAACACAAUCAAUUUCAUAAGAAAUAAAUCAAAAAAUAUAAGAGCUGAUUAUGUUACAGGAUUUAAAUUAUUAAAAUGUUUAAGCAUUGCCUUUAAUCACAAUGAAAUGAAUGACAAUAUUGUUAGAGGUUUGAAAUUUUUUGCUUCUAAAAUAUUAGAAAAUUUUGCUCCCCAAGUAGAGUCUCACAGUCUUAAAGAAAUUGCUGAAUUGACAAUGAAAAUCUCUCAUAGUGUUAAAACAAGAAUACAAAAUGGCAACCUUGAAAAAGUAAACAGAUUAGUUUUUGAAAUUUGUUACAUUGCUGAAUUUGGAAUAAAUGAUAUCAAAUGGAUUGAAAGAUUAAGAGAAAAAUUAAAUGAAAAAUGUUCUUUCAUGCCUACUAAUAAACAAAAAUGGACUUGCAGUUUAACAGAAAAAGAAUAUAAUAAUCACUUUGCACUAAAGCUAUCUGAAUUAAAAAACAUUUUAAGUAGUAAUGGAUUAAAUGAUCAGUUAGUUGAAAAAUGUUCUUUUUAUAAAAAGAAUGAAAAAUUGCAGGUAGUAAUAAAAAUGCUUAUGCUAGAUAUAAUGUCAAUUUUAGGUAGCUUGAAGAAUUAUUUGGAAGAUAAUCUGUUUCUUUUAGAUGAUAAUGCUCCCCUGUUAACUGGAAAAUGUUUGCGUAACCAUUUAGCACAUGAUAAUGCCUUAGUUAGUAUAUUAUUACUUGAUCCCUCACUAUCACUUAUUCUAAAUGCUAGAAAACUAACUACAGAAAAUAUAAUUAAGAAUAGAAAGAAAAUUGGAAAAUUGGUCAGAGAUGAUCCUUCUACAUUUAAAGAAAAAUAUGAACAAAAUCUAGCUAUCAUUAUUAAUCAGAAAAGAAUGUUUGUUGCAUUGGAAGAAGGAAAUCUGGAAAAUUUAAAAGAUUGUCUGAAGAAAGGAGCAGACAUCAAUGCAAGAGAUAUUAACUCGUGGACCACAUUACAUUUUGCUGCUAGAGGAUCCAGUUCUGAAAUUAUAAAAUUUAUCCUUGAUCACAAUUUCAAUCCUAAUAUUAAGGAUAUCAAUGGACAAAACCCACUACACAUUGCUGCUGCACAUGAUAGGAAGAAUAUUGUACAAUUUUUUAUACAAAAAACAGACUUAUAUAUAGAUGACAAAGACAAUAAUGGUAAAACACCACUACACAUUGCAGCUGAAAAUGGUAACAAGGAUGCUGUUGAAAUUUUAUUGCAAAAUAAUGCCAAUACCAAUACUCAAGAUAUAGCUGGUUUGACACCAUUACACUCUGCAGUAAAAAAUAAUCAUAUAGAUGUGGUUAAAAUUUUGCUACAAAAAGAUGUUGGUGUUAAUGAGAUUAUGGGUGGUUUUACUUUAUUACACAUAGCUGCAGAGAGUGGACACUUAGAAAUAGUUAAUUAUUUACUAAGUAUUGGAGCAAAUAUUAAUGCACGAAAUGAUAGAGAUGCAAUACCAUUACACCUAGCAGCAUUAAAUGGUCAUUUGGAAAUAGUAAACACUCUAGUUUCAAAUGGUGCUGAUGUCAAUGCUAGAGUUCUGGAUGGUUGUACACCAUUACAUUAUGCAGUAGAAAAUGGUUUUAAGGAGAUAGUUAAUGUUUUAUUGAAACAUGGAGCUAAUACUAAUGUUUCUGAUAAUACCUACCUCAAUACACCUUUACACUAUGCAACAAAAGAUGGACAUGUAGGAAUUGUUAAAAUUCUACUGAAAAAUAAUGCUAAUACUAAUGUUGCUACUGUUGAUGGUGUGACUCCGCUACAUUUUGCUGUACAAAGUGGUCACUUGGAAAUAGUUUCUGUCCUUCUUGAAUACAUUGUCGAUGUUAAUGCUACAGAUAAAAAUAAAACUACACCAUUACACUAUGCAGCAGAAAGAGGUCAUAAAGAAAUUGCUGAUCUUUUAAUAAAAAGUGGAGCUGAAAUUAAUGCAAAAAAUAGUGGUAUGUUUACUCCAUUAUAUAUAGCUGCUCAGAAUGGUCAUAAAGAUGUUAUCAACCUCCUAAUAGAAAAUAAAGCUCAAAUUAAUAUUCGAGACAUUAAGGGUAACACACCAUUACAUGCUGCUGCUACAAAUGAUAAUAAAGACAUCAUUGACUUUCUGAUAAAAAAUAAAGCUGAAGUAAAUGUUAGAAAUAAUUAUGGUCUUACACCAUUACAUACAACUGCCGCGAAUGGUAAUAAAAAUAUUAUUGAACUUCUAAUACAAAAUAAUGCUGAAGUUAAUGCUAGAUCUAAUGAUGGUAUUACACCGUUGCAUACAGCUGUUGUACAUGGACAUAAAGAUGCUGUUAUUUUUCUGAUAAAAAAUGGAGCUGAAGUUAACGAUAUAGACAAUUUUGGUUUUACAAUUUUACAUUCGGCUAUUAUAGGAGGUCACAAAGAUGUUGUUAACGUUCUAAUACAAAAUAAAGCUAAAGUUAAUGCUACAGGUAUUGCUGGUAAUACUCCAUUACAUGCAGCUGUAGAAACUGGAAAUAAAGAAAUUGUUCAGAUGUUGGUAAGAAAUGGAGCUGAUGUUAAUGUCAAGAAUAAGGAUGAAAUGACUCCACUGUCUUCUGCUGUUAAAAAAAAUUAUAAAAAAAUCGUAGAAGUUCUAGUAACAAACGGAGCUAAUGUUAAUGCAAAAAAUGGCGAAGCUUUAUUAAUAGCAAUUUUUGCUGGCUUUAGAGAUAUCGUAAAUAUUUUACUGGAAAAUAACGCUCGUAUUAAUAUAAAAUGUUCGGAGAAUGUAACGCCAUUACACUUAGCUGUGGAAAGAGGUCAUACAGAAAUAGUAAAUACUUUAAUCUCAAAAGGAGCUAAUAUUCAUGCUACUGCUGCAACAGGUGCUACACCAUUGCAUCUUGCAGUACAAAAGGCUAAUAAGGAAAUUGUUGAACUUUUGUUAUUAAAAGGAGCCAAAGUUAAUGUUAACUCUAUUAAUGGUACACCAUUACAUCUUGCAGUGGGAGAAUAUGGUCAUGUAGACAUUGUUAGGAUUCUAUUAAAUAAUGGAGCAAAUAUCAAUAUUAAAGAUUUGAAAAAUAGAAUGCCUUUUGAAUUAGCAGUUGCACAUAAUCAGCUAGAGAGUGUAAAAUUGUUGCUGGCUCGAAAUAAAAAAAUAGACAUCAAUGCUAAGAUUAAUGACACCUGGACAGUGUUGCACAUUGCUACACAAGAAGGUAAUUUAGAAAUGAUAAAAUACUUAAUAGAUAAAGGAUCCGAUAUUAAUAUUAGGAAUGCUUCUGGUUCAAAACCAAUACACAUUGCAGCCAGAGAAGGUUUUAAAGAUAUUGUCGAAUUUUUUCUUAAUAAAGGCUUAAAUAUUCACGAUCCUGGUACAGCUAAUCAGACAUUGUUACAUUAUGCUGCAAUGACAGGUCAAUUGGAAGUUGUAAAAUAUUUGAUAUCAGAAGGGGCUAAUAUUAAUACUCAAGAUGCUAAUGGAUUAACACCUUUGCAUUUUGCUGCCAAUUUCGAUUAUAACUACGUUGUUGAAGUUCUAUUACAAAAUGGUGCAAUUUAUAAUACUCUUGACAAGUUUUGUAGAAAACCAUUGGAUAUGGCCAGUGACUCAAAAGUUAUCAUUCCAUUAAUAUCAACUGAGAAAUUGUUUGAGGCUGUAAAACAUAAUAAUGCUUCACAAGUUGAGAAAUGCAUCAAAUCAGGAGCAUUUGUCAAUGCUAAAUAUGCUUCGAAAGGGUAUGAUGGAACAUCAUUACAUUAUGCUGCAUGGAAAGGCUACGAUGAAAUCAUUAAUAUUCUAUUACAAAAUAAAGCUAAUCCUAAUAUGGCUGGUAGCAAGGGGUUUACUCCUUUGCAUUAUGCUGCAAAGUUUUCUCAUUUAAAAAUUGUUAUGGUUUUGCUGUCUAAUGGUGCAGUAUAUAAUGCUGCUUCUAUUGGUGGAAAAACUCCAUUAGAUUUUGCUGUAGAUAAAAAUAUAAUUAAUUUACUGAAAUUAGUGAAUGAAUCAUUUAAAAAUGUUAAAAGUAACAACUUUAAAGUUAUUAAUGACCUUAAUGAAAUAAAAGAUCCUACUAUGAUAAAAGCGAUAAUGAAUGCUCGUAAUAGAGAAAACCAAAGUUUAAUAGUUGCUGCAUUAAACAAUAACUUUUCACAAAUCACACAAUUGGAACAAGUAUCACAAGGUGAUGUGUCUACUCAAAUUGAUACAGCUUUAAAGCACUUACGUCAGGAAAAAUAUGAAUCAGCUAUCAGUAUUUUCAGAAACGUUUUUGAAAAGAGAAAAGAAAUUUUAGGCCCAGAUAAUCCUGCCACUUUAGAUAUUCAAAUAUAUAUAGCCAAAAUACUAUAUAAACAAGGAUCUUUUCAAGAGGCUAUAAAUAUAUUGGACGAGAUCAUCCAUAAGCAAAAAGAAAUAUUUGAAUUGGAUAACAAAUACACUUUAAGUAUAAGAAGCAUGUAUGCUUUAAUACGUUAUAAACAAGGAAAAAAUGAAGAAGCUUUCAAUAUUUAUCAAGAAGUAUAUAAAAAGCAAGAGGAAAUAUUAGGACCAAAUCAUCCAGAUUCUUUAGAUAGCCAAUUUCACAUAGCCCUGGUGUUAGACAAACAAGGAAAAUAUGAAGAAGCAUUGAAAAUAAAUAAAGCAGUUUUUAAAAAGAGAAAAGAAUUGUUUGGUGCAAAUCACCACAGUACUUUAUAUGCCCAAAAUAAUGUAGCAAUGGUUCUGAGUAACCAAGGUAAAUAUAAAGAAGCCUUAGAAAUCCUUGAAGAAGUAUUUGAGAAGAAGAAAAUGGUUUUUGGCAUUAAUCAUUCUGAUACUAUAAGAACGUUAUUUAACAUUGCUGGAGUAUUUUUUACUCAGAAGAAAUAUGACAAAGCUUUAAAGAUUUAUCAAGAAGUUUUUAAUUUCCAAAAAAAAACUUUUGGAGAUCUUCAUACAGAUACAUUAAAUACUCAAUAUACUCUAGGAAAUGUACUUUUUACUCAGGGCAAAAUGAUUGGUGCAUUUAAAGUUUAUAGUGAAUGUCUUGAUAAAAUAAAAUCUGUUUUUGGACCAAACCAUCCUACUGUUUUGGAUAUUAUAAAAAAGAUAGAAGCAAUUAAUUUUGGUUUGAAGCUUCAAGGUUCAGAAACAUCAGAGAUUAUUGGAUAUUUGCAGAAGAAUAUCAACAUUGCUGCUAGUAAUGGUAAUAUACAAAUUGUUCGUAAUUUAUUAAAAAAUGGAGCUGAUGUCAAUGAUAAAGAUUCUGAAGGAAGAACACCAUUACAUUACGCUGUUAGCAAUGAACACUUAGAUGUUGUAAAUAUCUUAUUAGAAAAUGGAGCUGAUGUUACACAAGUUACUAACAAAGGUAAUACACCAUUGCACACUGCUGCUUCUAAAAAUAAUAAGGAAAUCAUUGAAGUUUUAUUACAACAUGUAAGUCGUAAUAAAUUAAUUGAUUUUAUAAAUGCUAAAACAACUACUAGUGGUGUUACAGCACUUCAUGUUGUUGCUAAAAAUGCUUCAGUAGAUAUUGUCAAAUUUUUACUUUCACACGGUGCAUGUUAUAAUAUUAAAAAUAAGGAAGACAAAACACCAUUUGAUCUUUCCAAUAACCAAGAUGUUAAUAAUUUGUUCAUACUACUUGAGAAGCUAUUUAUAGAUGCAAAAAAUGGUAACGCUGAAAUUAUUGACAAUAUAAGUGCAUUAAAUAGUGAUGAAUUUUCAGCUGUAAUGAAUGCUCGUGAUAAUUCUGGAUGUACAUUAUUACAAGUUGCAGUAUCUAAUAACAGGAAAGAUAUUGCUGCCAAAUUAUCAAAAAUGUUAAAAUUUGAGAGCUAGAAAUAUAGAAGCAGAGAUAAUGAUAGUUAUUUGUAAGUGAUUUAAGAUAAGGAUUGUAAGAUAAAUUUAUAAUUUAAAUUUUUAUAUAAUAAAUGUAAUUUCUA